AUGCUUGAACAUGCACCAAGUCUGAGAGGGUACUUCUCGUGCGGCCGCUGGGACGACGAAACAUAUUAUGUCGUGGGAGGCUGGCGGCCACUGAGGGAAGCUAUGUAUAGGCUACACGUCGAUGCUAUCAAGUUCCUCUUGAUUCAUGGGGCAAACCCCAACACCACUGAGGCUGAGGUCGCGUCAGGACAGACCACCACUCCUCCACUAGCCUAUGCAUACAGGCGAGGCCGUGAAAGUCGUAUGAAUGUAGCCCGAGCUAAGGCUCUGUGUUGGAACGACGAAUCCUACUAUGUUGUCGGAGGGUGGCGACCUAUGAGAGAAGCUAUAUACAGGCUAUACAUCAGGCUGCACAUCAGGCCGCACAUCGACGCGGUCAAGUCUCUCUUGAUGCACGGUGCUGACCCCAACAUGACUGAGGUUCUCAAAUACCCCUUCAUCCAGCUAGAUGAUCAGGGUCUUCAUCAUCUUGAGAUAGCUGUGUCGUACCAGCACUUGUUCUCUUUAAGUACUGAGGUGCCACUGCCCUCAACGAGGACACAAGUACUGCAGUUACAGAACGCAGGUAACUGCGCCUGUGAUAUUGGUGAGACAACCACCUUAGCAAGAAGGCCGGCGCUCCUUUGUCGACUCACUGGGGUAGAGAUGAGGCACCUACCAACCUCUUAUGCACACCUUUAUGACUCUUCUCCGUGCGCCAGUUAUAGGUGCCUGCACAUCCGGCCUAUCUCUGCCUUAAGAACCACCAAUAUGGCUGUUGGCUCACUGCGCGUUGUAUGA